AUUCCCCCACAAGGAAACUCUCUGAAAUGUGAAAUCGUUUGAUUCCAUUUCAAAUUCAGCACACCCAAUUUUUUUCAAAGUACGGAGAUUUUGACGACCGCACCGCACGCACGCUUUUCUAACAGAUAAGCGUUCCACUCCAUCAUUCCCUGUCAAUCUCCUCUUCCUUCACAAGCAAGCCCCCACAAUCCCCAUUUCCCACCUCUACAUAUAUAUAUAUGAAUUUGAUAGAUAGCCCUAGAUAGAUAGAUAGAGAGAGAGAGAGAAUGAUACAGCAUCACCAUCACCAGAACCAGAGGCAUCACCAGAAGACACUACCAAAGAGGAUAAUCCUGGUUCGUCACGGAGAGAGCCAUGGAAACCGAGAUGGGUCUGCGUACACAACCACACCGGACAACAAGAUCCCUGUGACCCAGGCAGGGAUCGACCAGGCGAAGUCUGCUGGGGCCGAGAUCCGGCGCGUGAUAUCGGAAGACGGGCGCCUCCACAACUGGAAAGUGUACUUCUACGUCUCCCCUUACGAGCGAACCCGCACCACCCUCCGCGAGAUCGGCCGCUCAUUUCCCAGGAAGAGAAUAAUCGGAGUGAGAGAGGAAUGCAGGAUCAGAGAACAGGAUUUUGGGAAUUUUCAGGAAGAGAAGAGGAUGAAGAUGAUUAAAGAGACUAGAGAGAGGUUUGGCAGGUUCUUUUAUAGGUUUCCUGAAGGAGAGUCUGCUGCUGAUGUCUAUGAUCGUGUUUCCAGUUUUCUUGAAUCUUUAUGGAGGGACAUAGACAUGAACAGGCUUCACCAUAACCCCUCUGAUGAACUAAAUCUUAUAAUUAUAUCCCAUGGUCUAGCUUCACGUGUUUUCCUUAUGAAGUGGUUCAAAUGGACAGUCGAGCAAUUCGAGUACCUAAACAAUUUUGGGAACUGUGAGUUUCGAGUGAUGCAAUUAGGACUUGGUGGAGAAUAUAGCCUGGCAAUCCAUCACACUGAAGAGGAGAUGCAAGAGUGGGGACUUUCGCCUGAAAUGAUAGCUGACCAGAAGUGGCGAGCAUGUGCCAAUAGAGGUGAUUGGAAUGAAAGUUGUUCCUGGUACCUUGAUGAAUUCUUUGACAAAUUAGCAGACUCGGAUGACGAUGUUGACCAAAAUGUUUGAUUCUUUUGAGUAUACGUGGGCUGCCCGGAUUGGGUGCAAAUUCUUUGUAUUCAUACCUUGAGUGAUUGUAAUUGGCACAUAGUAUUUUUUGUUAUUGACAAAACAGAAAUUAAUCCAAUGUUCAGAAUGGUGUUUGAAUUA